AUGGAGAAUCAAACAACAGUGAUGGAGUUCAUCGUCUUAGGUGUUGCUGAUGAUGAUCAACUCCAGUAUGUGCCCUUUACCAUCCUACUAGUCACCUACACCUUGACUUUAACAGGUAACAUUCUCAUCAGCACCAUCACCCUGAGAAACCAUCACCUUCAGAUUCCCAUGUACUUCUUCCUCAGGAAUUUCUCCAUCUUAGAGGUUGGCUUUGCCACCGCUGUCAUCCCAACAUUGGCCAAUCUGGCUUUAGGCAAAAAACCAAUUUCUUCACGGGAUUGUCUCACUCAAACUUUUCUCUACUUCAUGCUAGGUACCUCUGAGUUUGUCCUGUUAGCUGUAUUGUCCUUUGACAGGUAUGUGGCCAUCUGCAAACCUCUACACUAUGUGGCCAUUAUGAACUCACAAGUCUGCAGCCUGCUGGUGAUUAAUGCCUGGAUUGGUGGGGCCAUCCUCAUUCUUUCUCCUUCAGUGGUAAAUGUCCAGAUGCCAUUCUGUGGUUCAAACAUCAUUAAUCAUUUUUUCUGUGACAGCACACCAAUGAUUCAGCUCAAAUGUGGAAAUACCAAGGUUCUAGAGUGCGUGAAUUUCAUCCCAGUGGUGUUCACCCUACUGGGUAGCCUAGCUAUUACGGCUGUAUCCUAUAUCAACAUCAUUACAGCUGUGGUCAAAAUUCCCUCUGUGGCUGGCAGACAGAAAGCCUUUUCCACCUGCGCCUCUCACCUCACUGUGGUGUCUGUCACGUACGGCAGCUGCAUCUUCAUGUACCUCACACCCACCCAGACCAACAGACUGGACCUCAGCAAGGUGGUAUCCAUCUUGAACACUGUGGUAUCUCCUCUGCUCAAUCCAUUCAUCUAUAGCUUGAAGAACACACAGUUUCAGGAGGCCUUAAGGGAGAGUGUCAAAUGGAGUAUGGUUAUUUCUAAACACCAAGAAAUUUGA